AUGGCGACCAAGAUCUCCGCCAGCCGCGCCGCCUCCGUCGCUGCCGGCGCUGCGAAGAUCCUCCCAACUGCUCAGUUCGCGAAGAUCGCCAAGUCAUCGUUCGCCGGCCAGUCCCUGGGCUGCGCGGUCGCAAACGCUGACGUGGCGUUGCGCGCCGAGCCCAGGGCCAGGAGCGUUGUGACGGCUGCAGCUGACGGUGACGCUGCCGGCGCCUCCGCCGGAGGUGGUUUGCGCGUCGAUCUCCGCGGCAAGCGCGCGUUCAUCGCGGGGGUGGCGGACGAUCAGGGUUUCGGGUGGGCCAUCGCGAAGCACCUCGCGGAGGCGGGCGCGGAGGUGCUCGUCGGCACGUGGGUGCCGGCUCUCUCCAUCUUCGAGACCAGCCUACGGAGGGGCAAGUUCGACGAGUCGCGCAAGCUCUCCGACGGUUCGCUGUUCAACAUCGCCAAGGUCUACCCCAUGGACGCCGUCUUCGACACGCUGGACGACGUUCCCGAGGAGAUUCGCACCAACAAGCGCUACGCCGGGUCGACCGGGUGGACCGUUGAGGAAGUAGCGGCCAAGGUGAAGGAGGAUUACGGGUCGAUCGACAUUCUCGUGCACUCGCUGGCCAACGGCCCCGAGGUGACCAAGGACCUGCUCGACACGUCCCGCAAGGGGUACCUGGCCGCCAUCUCCGCCUCGUCCUUCUCCUUCAUCUCCCUCGUGCAGCGCUUCGGCCCCAUCACCAACAAAGGCGGGUCCGUCGUCUCGCUGACCUACAUCGCAUCGGAGCAGAUCAUCCCCGGGUACGGAGGCGGCAUGAGCUCCGCCAAGGCGGCUCUCGAGAGCGACACUCGUGUGCUGGCGUGGGAGGCGGGGCGCAAGUACGGCAUCCGCGUCAACACCAUCUCUGCAGGUCCACUCCGCAGCAGGGCGGCCAAAGCCAUAGGCUUCAUAGACAACAUGAUCAACUACUCCACCGCCAACGCCCCUCUCCCCAAGGAGCUUGACGCUGAUGAGGUGGGCGCCACAGCAGCUUUCCUCGCUUCCCCUCUGGCUUCGGCUAUCACUGGCGUGACGCUGUAUGUUGACAAUGGGCUGCACGCCAUGGGUGUUGCUGUUGACAGCCCGGCCAUUGCCAAUGCCGGGAAGUAG